UUCACCUUCUUCCUAAUUUGUCAUUCACUUUCCUGAGUUAUAUUGCAAUCUCUUCACAGUUUUCUUUCUCCUCCUUUCAGAUCUUUACAACAGUUUGCUCAUAAAUCUUGAUGGCUCUUGUGACCUAUGAAGGAGCCUCAUCUUCUUCUUUCACCCACCAACCCAAGAAAUUUGAUGUCUUCUUGAGUUUCAGAGGUGAAGAUACCCGUCUUGGUUUUAUAGGUCAUUUGUAUAAUGCCUUGUGUCAACGGGGUAUUAACACUUUUAUUGAUAAUAACCUUCAAAGGGGAGAAGAAAUUUCUGUAGGACUUUUCAAAGUCAUUGAAAGUUCAAGGAUUUCAAUAAUUGUAUUCUCUGAAAACUAUGCAUCCUCCAAAUGGUGCUUGGACGAACUUGCCAAGAUUGUUGAGUGUAAGAAAAAAGACCAGUUAGUGCUACCGAUUUUUUACAACAUAGAUCCAUCAGAGGUUCGUAACCAAAAAGGAAAGUUUGGAGAAGCACUAUCUAAACAUGAAGAAAAAUUAAAGGAUUACAAGGUGCAAAGCUGGAGGGAAGCUUUAUUUGAAGCUGCAAAUAUAUCUGGUUGGCAUUACCAGCGUAGGUAUGAAUUUAAUGACAACUAUUGUACUUUUUAUGAGUUUCACUAGUUUGUUAUGAUAACUGAUUUUAUUGUUAAACAACAAUUACCACUAAUUUAUCAGUGUUAGUUUUUUGGCCAAAUUAUGAAUGAAUUUUUUUUUCUUCAUAUCUACACCAAUA